GUUGAGCCGUCCCCGACACCGUAGUUAACCCGGAAAUACUAUCAGACUGUCUCGCGGCUUCUCGCACUGCUAUUGUGGUGUUUUUCAUUAUUAACUGUCUGACUCCAGGCUUUCUUGUCGUCGGAAAGGCAGCAACGUUUGACAUAGUUAUAAAGUGAGAAAUAACGGGCCAAGAUGUUCCUCACCCUGUCCCUUUUGCGGAAAGGCAUCCCGGGUAAGCAGUGGAUCGGAAAGCAUCGACGUCCACGACAGAUUACCUGGCAGAUGAAACGCAACACUCUGACUCACCUGGAGCGCGAGGCUGAGAAUGAAUACUGGAUCAGCCGGCCGUACAUGACCGCUGAGCAGGAGCGCGGCCACGCGGCAGAGAGACGAGCCGAGAACUGGCGCAAGAUCAAGGAGACAAAAUUUGUCAACUUCCCUGAACACAAACGCAUCACAGAUCACCUGAGUCACCUCAAUAUCACCAAGACGUGGUCCAGUUAAUAUGAGCAGAGGGACGACGCGCAAAGACUCUUUAUAAUGCAAAAAUAUAAGUUUUGUUUUGUGAACUUUUGUGAAAAUUGGUCAGUGAAGUCAAUAAUAGUCCUUUUUAACAACUCUGUAAACUGUUUGUGGUUCUGUGUCACCGACUUAACCACAAUGCAACAUCACUGUAAUUGCUCCACAUUUAGUGCUGCUGCUUUGGAUAAAAAACAGCUUAACAUUCUCUCA